CCGCCAUGGUUAAAGUGGGAACACUCGUUCGUCGUCUUAAUGAAAUGCGCAUUUCUUCAACAGCUUCAUCUGUUUGGCAGUGAAGGAUUUAAUUUGGCAAUAAUGAAUAGCACAUUAACACAAAAUUUACCAAGGCAAGGCGGAACGAUGCAGUUGGGAUAUUCUGACCCAGGAAUGGUCAAUCAACCUGAAAUAAUGGCUGUCAAUCAAAAUGUCAUGCCUGCCCAGAUACCCCAAGUUCCUCCAGGGCAGAUGCAGGGUGGUGGGACGAUUCCAUUAUCAUUGUUGGUUGACUUUGUGGUCCACAAAACCUACCAUGAUAUAACCGUCAUGGCCGACCUGCUGCCGAGUAAAUCGGACCUCGAAAGGAAAAUAUCGGUCGCUCAAUUUGCGUCGAGAUAUCGCCAGCUUUUCAUUCGCUUGUUUAGUCUUGUGAAAUGGGCAAGCUCUGUGGACAAAGUUGUGAAAUGUGGAGAUAUUUCUUCGUUUUUGGAUCAUCAGGCAAUGUUGUUCGUGGAUACAGCAGACAAGCUUUACCAGCUUUCAAACCAGCUUGUUAUCCAAGCAAGACUUCCUAACUUUUCUAUUCCAACGGCUGUCGAUGUUUUAACAAAUGGGUCAUAUACAAGACUGCCCACUUGUAUUCGGGACAGUGUAAUUCCUCCAAAAGCAAUACUUCCAUCUGAAAGAAAAGCAACUUUAAAACGCAUCCAACAAAUUGUGCUCUUCCGUCUUGUUACUGAAGUGAUACCACCUCAAAUUAAAGAUCUAGCAGUGGAAGGCGGAAUCGUGCAUCUAACUGUGCCGGGUAAAUUCAAAGCAUCUCUCACAUUGAUGGGUGACAGUGACAAUCUCCCAUGGAGACUGAUCAAGCUUGAGUUUCUGGUUCAUGACAAAGAAGUUGGUGGUGGUCGCACCUUGGUCCACGAUCUGCAGGUCAACUACAUUCAUGAGCUUGUACAAUCAAGGUUGAUCUCAAACAAAACCCCGUUUGUUGAUUUGUUUGAUAUUCUUCACUCAUUUAGUCUUUCACUUCAACUUGAGGUUUUGCAAGCACAAGCUGAAAGAUCGCGGUCACGUUGGAAUAAGUUUGUAAAUGUUGAGGAAUAUUCUCCUGGUCAGAAGCUGCUUAUGUCGUACUGGACGUUAAAUGCAAACAAACCUGGGAAAACCCGGUACUCUGUCACUGUCCAACAAUGUCCAACAGAUUCAACCAAACCUCUUCAGGUGAUUCAUACACCUAAACUGCCCCUGGAUGAUAUCAAGUUAGUUGAAGCUGCUUCUCAUAUCAACCAUCUGUCACUUGAGCAACUAACACACCAGGUUAUGUACGUCCGCUCACUGCAUUUCCUUCUUCAAGUGAAGGACAUGCUUCAUAAACACAGAAAAAAAGAUCAAUCCUACAUUGUACGUAACUCUGUGGAUCAACCAGUUAUUUUGGUUGUCCCGUUAUUGAAUAAUUCAGCACGGAACAGUUUACGAAUAUACGUGGAUCUACAAACAGGGAUGUUGGUUCCUUCCUUAUAUGGAGUGGAUGUUAGUCAGCUUGAGAAUAUGGAAAAGGAAAUCAAUGAAAACCAGAAGAACCUCUUGACUUGGAUAUCUACAUUACACUACCAGCUACUCAGGCAGUUGUGUAAAAAUGCUGUACAACAUUUACCAGUUGUUUAUCUCGAUAUGGUGCCAGUUUUAGAGAAGUCUCCUGCUGUUAAAGAUGAUCCUGGCAGGAUUUACAUCAGAUUAAACCACCACCCCUCCUAUUACCUCAUUGUUGAAUUUCACAUUGCUGGAGAAACAAACAACAAAUAUAAACUCAUGAAAACAUCUUCUCCAACUGGAUUUCAGAAGCUACAAAAUCCCAGAGGGUUGGAAAUUGACUCUGUGGUUGAUUUGCAUUAUCUGUUUGAUCAAACUGGAUUGGAAAAGAAUGAAGAUUGUGUAAAAGAGCUUAUCAAAAUGAUCUCCAUUUGUGAAUCACGCAUUCCAUUUAUAUCUUUGCUGCAAGGCAUAGCUGGUGAGGAAGGAAUCAUUCAUCAAGGGGUUUAUGAGGAGGAGAACUUGGCUCUGGUCUGCAAGCUUAAAACUCUUCCCAAAGUAUCUGGAACAAACGAAUUAACAACUGAAAUCCUACAUGAUUCAAUCUUAGAAUGCAGUUUCCGAAUUCAAGAGCGUAUAACUCAAAUGUGGGUCGCUGAAAUCUUGAUCAAGUCUUUGUUUCCCUCCAACGAUGUGGGUGUCGAUCGUGUAAUGUUGACCUACGAUGCUUUCGGUGGGCAAGCAAAUAAUCCCAAACCAAACGUGAUCAAAUCUUUCGUGGAGGAUUGGUCUUGCAUUGUACGUUUGUUUGGGCUGGCCUUUGCAUACAAACAAGCUCAGAAGCAACACACAUCCCUGCCUGAGGUUCAUUCCUACAAUUACAAGUCAAUAACCCUCAAAUAUGGUGCAGACUCUCAGUUCUUCGUCACCGUUAGUUGGUCUUCUCAGGAAAAGAAGUUUAAGCUAUCCUUCGGCUGUUGUGGCCAUAACUCUACCAGCAACGGUCAUUGUAUUACCCAGCAUUACAUCAGUGAAGGUUUUAAUAGCGAUCCAGACCUGGCAAAGUUGCUGUAUGUAUUGAAGGACACCAGUUCACCACUUCAAUCCCUAACACGGCUUCCAACCACCCCCCUGUUGGGCGUGAACCAAAAAAUAACAAUCGGGGAACAGAUGUUCACUCUCACAGCUCAAACUGCUACUGUGGUUCGUGUGACUUUCUUCUCAUCCUACAGCAUUAAUAUUUACCUUCACAGUCAUGGUAAGGUGAGCAUACAGGACGGUGCGUUUUCCCAAUUCGAUUAUUCUAAAGUUAAGAACGGUAGCAUCCCAAUACCUGGUCUAUGCUCUUUCUUGAGUCGAUUUCAAGAACAAAAUGAAGUUCGUUACAAGUCGGACACUGAGAAAGACAACCCACCUUCUCCAGAUCAAGCUGCAUUAAACUCAUCACAGAAUAUGUAUGGCCUGGUGGAUGUUACUCCUGCUUCAUGGUCAGGAUCCCAGCCCACUGUGCUCUCUCAUGCAGGCCUACAUUCACUUUGUUUGAAGGUUCCAAACGUGCAUCAUACAUCAGCAACACAGCUCGAAAUGUUCUUCGCUGCAGCUAUCGUGAAAAGGCAUCUGGUGAAGUGUGUGCGCGCCAUUGAAGUUGGGCCUGGUGUGCAGGCCAUGAUUGAAGGCGCAGACGAUUCCUUGUCAGCUGUAUUCAUCGCACGAUCUUUACAGUUCACUUGCCAGCCACACCCACAACACCUUCGUUUGGUUCUCUCUGUCCAGCGUGCCCAGCAAGAGAACUGGUCACAGGACGAUCUGCAAACUCUGGAAAAAUACUUCGACGCCCGUAUCGCAGGCUCACCGUACAGAUACAACGUAGUAGCAUCGUACGUUAACAUGAUCUUUGCACCUCCACAUAUUCUACGUGACUUCAUUCACCUUAUGCGAUUGGAACUAACCGGACGCAACGUCACAGCGAUGCAGCCGAAUAUCAAAUGGAACAUGAGUCUCUGCCUCACCUCACCCCCGAGAGUCCCUCUACUGCUAGGUCAGCCUUCCAUCCUCAUAAAAGACAAGGUUCUCAUGUUUGUCCAGUUAACGCAAGCGAUCCAGCAAACCAACGCACCAGGUACAAUCGUGGUGCCGUUUUUACAUGAAAGACAGAACAACUUGGUCCAAGUCCUUCCUCAUGCAAUGAGUGCUCAAACUCAACAAACUCGUAACUUGCAGCACGUCUCCAGCUUCCUAAAACGACUAGAGGACAUAAGAAACCAACAGACAAUAAACGAUCCUAAUUACUUGACCGUCACUGUCCGGUAUUUAAUGGAGAAUCUUACUUUCCCUUAACUGUUGUCAUAAUACAAUAUUGAAAUAAUAAAAUUCAAUCUGGUUUCUGCUGAAAUUG